ACAGGAAGUGCCUACGGUGGCCGGGGAGGCGGCGGGGCAGGGCCUGGGCAUGAGGCCGGGCGGUGAGCGGAGCGCGGGUGGCGGCGGCGGCGAUGAGCGACAUUGUGGAGAAGACGCUGACGGCGCUGCCGGGACUCUUCUUGCAGAACCAGUCGGCUAGCGGGCCCGCGGCCGCCAAGGCGUCCUUCUCCUCCCGACUGGGCGGCCUGGUCCGCGGCAUCACCGCUCUCACCUCCAAGCACGAGGAAGAGAAAUUAAUCCAGCAGGAACUGAGUAAUCUGAAAGCAACUGUUUCUGCUCCUACUACAACUCUGAAAAUGAUGAAGGAAUGUAUGGUGAGACUUAUAUAUUGUGAAAUGCUUGGAUAUGAUGCUUCCUUUGGUUACAUACAUGCAAUCAAGUUGGCACAACAAGGAAACCUUUUAGAAAAAAGAGUAGGUUAUUUGGCUGUUUCUUUAUUUCUACAUGAAAGUCAUGAACUGUUGCUUCUCCUUGUGAAUACAGUUGUAAAGGACUUGCAGAGCACUAACCUAGUAGAAGUAUGUAUGGCACUUACUAUCGUCAGCCAGAUUUUCCCUCGAGAAAUGAUUCCAGCUGUUCUUCCAUUAAUAGAAGAUAAACUUCAACAUUCUAAGGAGAUUAUACGAAGAAAAGCUGUCCUAGCAUUAUAUAAAUUCUAUCUUAUCGCUCCUAAUCAAGUACAGCAUAUCCAUAUUAAGUUUCGGAAAGCACUUUGUGACAGAGAUGUUGGUGUCAUGGCUGCAUCCUUGCACAUAUACCUUAGGAUGAUUAAGGAGAAUUCAUCUGCAUAUAAAGACUUGACUGGGAGUUUUGUAACAAUUUUGAAGCAAGUGGUUGGAGGAAAACUCCCCGUAGAUUUCAAUUACCACAGUGUACCAGCACCAUGGUUACAAAUUCAGCUGUUGAGAAUACUAGGACUUCUAGGAAAAGAUGAUCAAAGGACAAGUGAAUUAAUGUAUGAUGUUCUCGAUGAAUCCUUACGAAGAGCUGAGUUAAAUCACAAUGUCACAUAUGCUAUUCUGUUUGAAUGUGUACAUACAGUCUAUUCUAUUUAUCCUAAAUCGGAAUUACUUGAGAAGGCUGCCAAGUGCAUUGGAAAAUUUGUUUUGUCACCUAAAAUAAAUCUCAAAUAUUUAGGAUUGAAGGCUCUUACCUAUGUUAUCCAACAGGAUCCCACUCUGGCUCUUCAACACCAGAUGACAAUAAUUGAAUGCUUAGACCAUCCUGAUCCCAUUAUUAAAAGAGAGACUCUGGAACUUCUUUACAGAAUUACUAAUGCACAGAAUAUAACAGUGAUUGUCCAGAAAAUGCUUGAAUAUUUACAUCAGAGCAAAGAAGAAUAUAUUAUUGUCAAUUUGGUUGGCAAAAUAGCUGAGCUGGCUGAGAAAUAUGCUCCUGAUAAUGCGUGGUUUAUUCAGACAAUGAAUGCUGUAUUUUCAGUGGGAGGAGAUGUUAUGCAUCCUGAUAUUCCCAAUAACUUUCUGAGACUGCUAGCAGAAGGUUUUGAUGAUGAAACAGAAAAUCAACAAUUAAGGCUCUAUGCAGUUCAGUCUUAUUUCACUUUACUAGAUGUGGAAAAUGUGUUCUACCCACAGAGAUUUCUUCAAGUUAUGAGUUGGGUUUUAGGGGAGUAUUCCUACCUCUUAGAUAAGGAAACGCCAGAGGAAGUUAUAACCAAGCUCUACAAGUUACUUAGAAGUGACUCCAUUUCUUCAGAAACAAAAGCCUGGAUAAUUGCUGCUGUGACCAAGUUGACACCUCAAGCACACUCUUCUAAUAUAGUUGAGAGAUUAAUCCAGGAAUUUACCACAUCUUUGGAUACUUGUUUGAGACAGCAUGCAUUUGAAUUAAAACAUUUGCAUGAGAAUGUGAAAUUUAUGAAGGGCUUGCUUCCAGUUGAUAAGAGUUGUGAAGACAUGGUGGUAGAUGCUUCCUUAUCUUUUCUGGAUGGUUUUGUGGCUGAAGAACUAAGUCAGGGGGCAGCACCUUACAAACCUCACCACCAACGGCAGGAAGAAAAGCUUUCUCAGGAAAAAGUUCUCAGUUUUGAACCAUAUGGACUCUCCUUUUCUUCAUCUGGCUUCUCUGGACGACAGUCUCCUGCUGGCAUUUCUCUUGGUUCAGAUAUAUCUGGGAAUAGUACAGAGACCGGGCUAAAAGAGACAAAUAGCUUGAAGCUGGAAGGUAUAAAGAAAUUGUGGGGGAAAGAGGGCUAUCUUCCCAAGAAGGAAAGCAAAACUGGUGAUGAAACAGAAGCUCUGCCAGUCCCUCAAGAGAAUAUAAUAAUGGAGAAUGUAGAUCAAAUUAUAACAAAAAACGAUCAAUCUCAAGCCCUUACCCAAUCUAAAGAAGAGAAAGAAAAGCAGCUGCUGGCAUCAUCAUUAUUUGUUGGGCUAGGAUCAGAAAGUACAAUCAAUUUGCUAGGAAAAGCAGAUACCCUUUCUCACAAGUUCAGAAGGAAAUCAAAAGUCAAGGAAACCAAAAGCGGGCAAACAACCACUGCUCAAAAUAUGACCUGUUCUUCCUUUAGUUCUUCAUCAAAUGUGACUUAUGAAGAAGACUAUUAUUUGGAUCAUUUGCAGGAUAGAGGAGACAAAGAAGUAAAGAAAUUUUCUCUUAAUUCAGAACUUUUAGAUUCUGAGUCACUCACAGAACUGCCCUUGGUUGAGAAAAUCUCAAAUUGCAGGCUGUCUACACCCUCUUUGUUUGCUGAUAACAACAUGGAAGUUUUUCACCCUCCUCAGUCCACUGCAGCCUCAGUUGCCAAUGAAAUCUCUUUAGCUGUUUCUUUGUUGGAAGAAACUACUGAACACAUGCAUUCAGAUCUUAUCGAGGUCUGUAAUAAUGAAACCAUAUCAGUGUCUUCUUACAAAAUUUGGAAAGAUGAGUGUUUGUUGAUGGUCUGGUCAGUUUUUAAUAAGAGUGCUUCAGAACUGAAAAGUGCUAACUUAGAAAUUGCUCCUGCAGAAAAUUUCAAGAUCACUGAGCAACCUGGAUGCUGCUUGCCUGUAAUAGAAGCAGAAAGCACCAAAAACUUUCAAUACAGUGUGCAGAUGGAAAAACCUUUUACAGAAGGGAAUCUUUCUGGUUUUAUAAAUUAUCAAGUGAUGGAUACUCAUUCUGUUCAGCUCGAAUUUUCAGUAAACUUAUCACUAUUAGAUUUCAUUAGGCCAUUAAAAAUCUCGACUGAAGACUUUGGUAAACUCUGGUUAUCCUUCGCAAAUGAUGUGAAACAAAAUGUGAAGAUGUCAGAAUCACAAGCUGCUCUGCCUUCUACCUUAAAGGCCCUGCAACAGGAACUAAGACUUCAUGUUGUUGACAUUAUAGGCAAUGAAGGGCUGUUGGCCUGUCAGCUGCUCCCAUCCAUCCCCUGCUUGCUGCAUUUCCGAGUUCAUGGUGACAUGUUAGCCCUGUGGUUCAGAUCCUCCUGCUCUACUCUUCCUGAUUAUUUACUGUAUCAGUGUCAAAAGGUGAUGGAAGGAUCCUAGCAGAAGCUCUGCUUAUAUUUUACUCCCUCAAAAUAAAUUGUUUACAUAGAUAAACUUAUUUACCAAAGUAAAAA